AUGUGGACCCGCUGCUGCCACUCCUGGCGAUGGGCGUCGCUGCGGUCGCUGGUCGCCGAGCCAAGCAGGCCUGGCGCCGCCGUUGCCAUGGAGACGCCGCGUCCCCGUCCCGGGCCCGGAGCCACCAUGGAGGACAGCGGGCAGAGGGUGUGGCCGCCCGGCAUGAAGCUGGCGCUGGAGCGGCUGCAGGAGCUGGAAAAAAAUCUGAAUGAUAAAGGACUUUGUUUUGGACCUAUUCAACAUUUUGCAAAACUUGCAGAAGGAGUUAGUCAGCUGGAGGAAGCCAGGCGGAGCAUCCAUGAAAUACUUGAAGUGGAAACCAUUGAAGCCAGUAAACUGCGGUACAAUCUUUCGGAACUUCCUAACAAGCUAAAUCAGGAAAUCGCAGCAUCUAUUGCUGCUGCCCGCGAGUCAAAAGUAACCGAGUUGAACGAAUUGAAGGCCAAAGUCGAGAUGAUGACACUACAAAUAGAAGCUUUAGAAAAAGAAUACUGUAGAUUGGAACGAGAAAAUGCUUUUUUGUGCCCUGUACAACGAAAGGCAGGAGCACGAUACAAUGACAUCAUAUUCCUCAUGAAUAAUGUGAUGGGGGAUCGAGUCAAUAAGCAAAUCACAUUGAAUGAAACAUAUGACAACAUACAAGAAAAAAAAAGGAAAAUUAUUGAUCUAAACAAAGACAAGCAUGAUUUAAAAGAGGAAAUGGUAGAGAGACGAAAUGAAUAUCGAGUGAAAAAAGGAGACUUGACAGAAAAAUUUACUGAAAUACACGAUGUGGUUCAGGAACAGAACAGAGUCAAUUAUGAGAAAAAAAACAAACUUGAUGGUUUAAAGAUAAAACUGGAAGAUUUAAACUAUGAUAUCUUGGACCAGGAAAAGAUAACAUCAGAUUUAAGAGUGCAGAAUACACUUUUACAGAAGAAUAAAACUGUUCUUCAAUACGAACACGAAGAAAAAUUGCAAAAGAUUGAAGAACUAAUUAUUAAGAAAGACAAAUUUACCGAUGAAUUAAAAAUCCUCAUGGAAUACAACCAACAGGAAAUUGAAAAUUCAAUGAUGAGAUCAUCACAGGUUCAGGAGGACAUCGAUAAAGUUAAGGUUAUAAAUCAGAACCUUCAAGAAAAAAGAGAUUCUCGCAGCGAAGCAGCUAGAAAAGCAAAAGAAUAUGAAACUGAAACAAGAAAACGUUUGAAAAGUCUAACAGAUCGGUUAGAAUCAACCAACGAUAUGCUUAAUCAGACUGAAGAAAAUUUGUCAAGUGUAAGGAAGGAAAUCCAAGAGUUUGAAGAAAUGAUGCUGAGUCUUGCAGAUAAACACAAGGAUGCAAUGGAAUUUCUAAAUAAGGAGAUGCAUAAAUAUAUGCGCAAGUUAGAAAAAGAACAACAAAUAAGGAGAGGCACCCAACGGAGAAGAGACGAGAUAUCAAGGGAAAUGCUGGAAGUCAAAAGAGUAACUGAGCGGUACUUAAUUAAUAUGAGUAGGCGCUUGCAAUCCUUCAGGAGGAAACGUGAGAAACAGAUAAAACAGAGUAUGAAUCUCGAGAAGGCUAUUGGAGAUUAUGCUGAAAAAAAUGCGGCCCUUAAAAUACAAGUUGCGGUAGAAGAAGAUGCAUUGAAAAACAUGACCAAGAAUUUGCUAAAAGAAAACAAGGAUUUGAAAGAUGGAAUUAAAGAAGUAAAUGAAAGAAUAAUGCAGGUGAAAAAAGAAUUGGAAUUAAAUUUGCCCAUCCAACAGAAGCUAGACUCUGAUCUUGCAGAAGCGACUGCAAUUUGUAAUGAACGGGGGACAGAAUUUGAAGGCCAAUUGAGUAAGAAAUUUAGCUUUGAUCGCAACAUCGCCAGGUUAAAGGGAGAAACUGCAAACCUUCUUGCUUCUCUGCCAGAUUUACAAUCCAAGUUGUCUACAAUUCGACACGAUAUCUUUUACCAAGUUAAAUGUGCUGCUGAGCAAUUGAACUUGCUUGAAGUGGAAAUUUAUGAAGCAGAUAGAAGGCUUGAACUUGUUCAGAUAGAGAACUGCAAACUGAAACUGUGCAAUUUCCAACUGACCAAAGAUCUUGCCUCACUUGAAGAAGAAGGAGAAAGGCAAAAAGCAGAAAAGGAGAAGCAGGAUAAUGAACUUCAAACUAUCCAUGAUAACUUAAUGAAAAGCUGGGCAUUGGAUUUUAGUGUUCAAAUGGAGUUUGGUGCCUGUGAUCAAAGUGUUCUGAAUGUCAUAGAGCAACUGAUGAAUAAAAUCCAGCUCAGAGAGAUAAAGCUUGGCAGCAUUGGUGAUCAGCUCAAAGAUCAUUUAAGUAAUUUGCUAGCCUUUGUGGGAAGUACACCUUCUAAAGGUAAGCAAAUACAAUGAACUUUGAAUAAUUUU